AUGGGUGACCCCAACUGUAUCCUUCAAGAUGGACGCAGUCAACCCAGGAUGGAGACUGAGGCAGUCCUGAGAGCACAUGAACAUGAGCAGACCGAGUUAGCAUCAAAUAGUGUGCCAGAAAGUUCUGGUGGCCACACCAAUGUUUACUCUUCCAGAAUCAGUUUAUCCAAGGAUGUCACAGAAACGAGUGUGAACAUCAUCUUGGACUUCUGUGUGAAGAUGGCAACCAGCAGUGGGACAAAAAACUUGGACUUUCCAGCCAAGCCCUGGCUGGCAUUGGCGGUGGACUUAGCUCCCAAGGUGUCAGUCAAGGAAGAUUUGGAGACUGGAGUUUACCUUGACCCUGCCGUGAAAGAAGUUCGGUACAAUCCUACCUAUGAGACUAUGUUUGCUCCCGAAUUUGGACCAGAGAAUCCCUUUAGAACACAGCAAAUGGCUGCCCCUAGAAAUAUGCUAUCUGGAUAUGCUGAGCCAGCUCACAUCAAUGAUUUCAUGUUCGAACAGCAAAGAAGAACUUUUGCUACAUAUGGUUAUGCAUUAGACCCUUCACUGGCUAAUCACCAAGUGUCUGCUAAGUAUAUUGGCUCUGUAGAGAAGGCUGAAAAAAAUCAAGGUUUAACCGUCUUUGAAACUGGCCAGAAGGAAACAGCAAAGAGGAAAAGGUUCAAAGAAAAUGAUGCAUCUAAUAUUGAUGGUUUCUUGGGACCAUGGGCAAAAUACGUGGAUGAAAAAGAUGUAGCUAAACCUUCAGACGAACAGCAACAAGAAUUGGAUGAAAUCACAGCAAAGAGGCAGAAAAAAGGCAAGCAGGAAGAUGAGAAACCUGGGGAAGAGAAAACAAUCCUCCAUGUUAAGAAUAUGUUGGACUAUCAAGGGAGGUCCUACCUUCACAUACCGCAAGAUGUUGGUGUUAAUCUGAGGUCAUCUGUACUGCCUGAAAAGUGUUACCUUCCCAAAAAACAAAUUCAUGUGUGGUCUGGACACACAAAGGGAGUCAGUGCAGUCAGAUUGUUUCCUCUCUCUGGCCAUUUAUUGCUGUCUUGUUCCAUGGACUGUAAAAUUAAGCUCUGGGAAGUUUAUGGAGACCGGCGUUGUCUGCGAACAGCUAUUGGUCACAGCAAAGCUGUGAGAGACAUCUGCUUCAACACUGCAGGAACACAGUUUCUUAGUGCAGCCUACGACAGAUAUCUUAAACUCUGGGACACGGAGACAGGACAAUGUCUAUCAAGGUUUACAAACCAGAAAGUGCCCUACUGUGUCAAAUUCAAUCCCGACGAAGAUAAGCAAAAUCUCUUCGUGGCUGGGAUGUCUGAUAAAAAGAUUGUACAGUGGGACAUUCGAAGUGGAAAAAUUGUCCAAGAAUAUGACCGGCACUUGGGAGCUGUCAAUGCCAUUGUCUUUGUGGAUGAGAAUAGGAGAUUUGUGAGCACAUCUGAUGAUAAGAGCCUUAGGGUUUGGGAGUGGGGUAUCCCUGUAGAUUUCAAGUACAUAGCAGAGCCCAGCAUGCAUUCCAUGCCUGCAGUGACUUUGUCUCCAAAUGGAAAAUGGUUAGCAUGCCAGUCAAUGGACAACCAAAUCUUAAUUUUUGGAGCACAGAACAGAUUCAGGUUAAAUAAGAAAAAAGUUUUUAAGGGCCACAUGGUUGCAGGCUAUGCUUGUCAGAUAGACUUUUCACCAGACAUGAGCUAUGUAAUUUCAGGAGAUGGAAAUGGCAAGUUAAACAUCUGGGACUGGAAGACUACAAAACUGUACAGUCGGUUUAAAGCCCAUGAUGAGGUAUGCAUCGGGGCAGUGUGGCUUCCACAUGAAACUUCCAAAGUCAUCACAUGCGGGUGGGACGGUCUCAUCAAAUUGUGGGAUUAAUGGGAAUAGCCCUUCAAUUACCUAGGAUCGUU